UAUUCCCCCGGAUAAAACACCCGCCGGAAUUAAUCACCCAUGGGUGGUUUGGGCGGACCUGGGUGCUUAAUUAAACUGGAUAUUCAUACCACCCUAGUUUUUGGCAUGAAACCUAUACACCACCCCCCUGGUUCAUUUUCAAUGGAGUUCUGUAGAUUUUGCCUCUUAUCAGAGUGUCUCUUAUCAGACUCGCGCGUCACUGAGCAGUGCAAGCUAGACGCGAAGUGGUUCAAUGCGAUGUAGAACUGUUACCAUGCCUAGAAUUCCUGAGUAUCAGGCAAAUGUUGCGAGCCUGAUACUGUACGAGACUCAUGGGAGGUUGCCACUUGCCACCACGAUACUGUACGAGCCUGAUUCCCGUCGAGGUUG